AUGGCAACCUCCUGUUAUUUAGAUAAAGAUGAAUCUGGUGAAGGAAUAAAUGAAACCAUGUUUAGAGGAAUGAUAGGAUCUUUACUGUAUCUAACUGCUAGUAGACCAGACAUUAUGCAAAGUGUAUGUGUGUGUGCUAGGUACCAAGCUAAUCCUAAGGAAUCUCAUUUAAUUGCUGUCAAAAAGAUUUUGAAAUACCUUAAAGGAACCAUAUCUUUUGGACUUUGGUAUCCUUCUGAUGCUUCACCUAGUUUAAUAGGUUAUUCUGAUGCAGAUUAUGGUGGUUGCAAAAUUGAUAGGAAAAGUACUAGUGGAACUUGUCAUUUUAUGGACUGUUCUUUAGUGUCCUGGCACUCAAAGAAACAAACUUGUGUAGCCUUGUCUACCACUGAAGCUGAAUAG